AUGGUGGCAGAGAUGGUGGCCAAAGAGGGAGGUACAGAAGUGGUGAUGGUGGAUUUGAAGGUGAUGGUGGAUAUAAAGGAUUUGAAGGUGAUGGUGGUAACUGUGGUGGUGGCCAUGGUUACAAUAAUAGAGGAGGCUACGGUGGUAGACCAGGAUAUGGAGACCAAGGUGAUGGAUGUGGUGGAGGAUGUGAAGGGGGCACUGUGGUGGAGCACAGUGAGACAUGGCAGCCAGUGGAGCAAUCAGACAGGGGUCAAUCCUGAGCCCAUCCAGCGGCCUCUUGGGGUGGAGCAUCAGGCUUCCAGGGCCUUCCCUGCGGAGUGGGAGAAAUCUGGCAUCUUGAAUAGAGGCAAAUCAUUUGGAAUCCUCCUUGAAAUCAACUCUGGUGUUUAUACUGGAGUGGGCAUGAACCCGAGUGACACAGUUGACAGGAACAAGGUGGCCCCAGAGCAGACUCUCACAUCCAGUGAAAGACCCUCAGAGCCCAACUCCAAUGUUGACAGCUCAGCGCAGCCUUCAGUGGCCCAGCUGGCUGGGCGGUUUCGGGAGCAAGCAGCUGUGGCCAGGGAGACACCAGCCAGUAAGCCAACAAGAAGGAAACCACCCUGCUCCCUCCCCCUGUUCCCCCCCAAGGUAGAGCUGGGCCAGAACGGUGAGGAGAAGUCACCAUCCAACGCCAGUCACCCACCUAAAAUCAAGGUGAAGAGCUCGCCUCUGAUUGAGAAGCUUCAGGCCAACUUAGCCUUUGACCCAGCAGCUCUCCUGCCUGGAGCUUCACCUAAAAGUCCUGGACUCAAGGCCAUGGUGUCACCAUUUCACAGUCCCCCUUCUACACCCAGUAGCCCUGGUAUCCGAUCCCACUCAGGUGAUGCAGAAGAGGUGCCUGUGAGCUUUGACCAGCCUCCGGAAGGAACUCACCUGCCCUCUUACAAUAAGGUGCGGACUAGAGGCUCCAUAAAAAGACGUCCUCCUUCAAGACGAUUCCGAAGGUCUCAGUCGGACUGUGGGGACCUUAGAGAUUACAGGGCUGUAGAGCCAUCUCAAGAAAACGGUGCCAGGGAAGAAAAUGGGGACGACGUGUUUGCUAGCAAGAGCAAGGACCCCGGGUCCCCACAACCCAACCAGGAGGCCAUGGGAGACGGGGUGGAGGGAACCCCACGGUCUGCAGAAAAGCCAUGGAAGAGGAACACAUGCAACAGCACAGAGAAGCCAGAGGAGCUUGUCGGGACCCCAGAGGAGGCGAAUGCUGGAGAGAAGGCUGGACAGAAUCCAGAUACAGCUAGUCAGGGCCAUCCAGAGGUCCAGGAGCCAUCGCAAACCGGCAGCCCAGAGGCCGAGAAUGGGUGUGGAAGCCCACAGGAAGAGACCGCCCCCGGAGAGCAUACAGACACUGGGAAGGCCACUGAAGGGACAGCCUCUGAGGAGAGGGUAGCUGAUGAAGAACACAGGCUAGGACAGAAAAGCCCAGAUGCAAAUAUACCCGAGGAGGGAGCGGUCAUGGAGACGGCUCCCCAAACUUCUGGAAAAGCAAAAGGUACCACUAUCCCAGAGCCGGAUACAAAGCAAAAGGAGGAGGUGCCUCUAGAGCCAAGCUGCAGCCCAGGGGCCUACCAUGAUGCAGAAGAGACCACCAAAGAAAUCCAGAAUGAGAUAGCAGUCUCCAUGGACGACACCCCCAUCGAGGAUACCCGAAUGUGAUGAAGAGCUCAGGGUACCAGUGAUGGGGCCACUGGAGACAUCACCUUGGAAACAGCAGCAGUAAUAGCAGCAGUAGCAGUUCAUGAAGCCGCUGCAGAAGCAGAAUACACUGAGCAUCUGGAGACAGCCCAGGAUGCAAGGGUGGAUUGUCCCCUGUAGGUUACACCAGCUGUUGCCUCAUGAGAGAUGAGAGCUGAGGACAGUAGAGUUUUAUCAACUUGAGUUUGUGUCGUUUGAUGCACUGACUCAAAGCAAAUAUAUUUAAAGCAAUUUGCUGUGGUGUCUACUCCACGGCAAUACUGGCCUUCCUGUUGACCCCUGACCCCCACAUCUUUCUGCAGCCAACCUCCCAACCUGGCUCUUGUUGAACUUGUGUAAAGUUAUGGCCUUUUCCUAUUGUUCUAACAUUUUUAAUGGUUCUCAGAUGUAACUUAAAACUAAUUUUAGGUAGAUAAAGAGGAUAGUCUUGUGGAGAAUAAAAUCCUCUAAGUUAGAGAGACCUGAAAACAUAUCAAAACCCUCACAAUGAUCUUUCUGCUUGCUCCAAAUGGGAAACAGCCAACCAGUUUCAAAAACUCAAAGAGAUAUUUAUUAAAACAUAAAAUCUUGUUCCUGCCUGUUCUAAGAGCAGGAGCUUUCCCUGUCUCACAACCUGGCUGAUGAGAACAAGGGGAGGCGAUUGGUCCAUCUCAUCCCAUCCUGCCUUGGUACAGGAACUCCCUCAGAGAGGCAGGAUAUCAGAUUUGGUGGCUUUGUGCUUUAUCCCUCCCACACUCCCAAGGUGCAACAGUAUGCCUGCAUUGCUCCAAGCAUGGGUUGCACUCUCCUAAAAGAUUAUCCUCCUCCUCCUCCUCC